AGCUCUGAACCCGCCCCUCUUGACGUCACACGUCUUUCAAGUGACGUCAAAGUGUCUGCAGGUGCUGGAAGAGGCGCAGUAUUGGCGUAAGUGACGCUUAAAACGGCUUUUACGAUGGCUUCAGCUACAGAUAACCGUUAUGGACAAAAGGAGUCUUCCGACCAGAACUUUGAUUACAUGUUCAAAAUCCUGAUCAUCGGAAACAGCAGUGUUGGAAAGACCAGCUUUCUGUUUCGUUAUGCAGAUGACUCCUUCACACCAGCAUUUGUAAGCACGGUGGGCAUCGACUUCAAGGUGAAGACAAUCUACAGGAAUGACAAGAGGAUAAAGCUGCAGAUCUGGGACACUGCGGGACAGGAGCGCUACAGAACCAUCACCACCGCCUACUACCGCGGAGCCAUGGGCUUCAUCCUCAUGUAUGACAUCACCAACGAGGAGUCUUUUGCUGCUGUGCAGGACUGGUCCACCCAGAUUAAGACGUACUCAUGGGAUAACGCUCAGGUGCUGCUAGUGGGCAACAAGUGUGACAUGGAGGAUGAGAGGGUCGUGGCCUCUGAGAGGGGACGACAGCUCUCCGAGCAUCUCGGUUUUGAGUUUUUUGAGGCCAGUGCCAAGGACAACAUUAACAUUAAACAAACCUUCGAGCGGCUGGUGGACAUAAUCUGCGAGAAGAUGUCAGAGAGCCUGGAUGCCGCUGAUCCUGCAGUGACGGGAGCCAAACAGGGGCCGCAGCUCACCGAGCAGCCCACCGCUCCGCACCAGGACUGCGCCUGCUGAAAAACCCACGGCUCUCUCUGCACUGCCUUGCACCAACACACAAAAACAACAAGUUUAGAUAUUUAAAAAGAACAAGAAACAUAAAACCCUCAAUUCCCUUACUGCCUCCUCUGGUCACACCCUCUAGCUCCACCCCCUCCUCUCUGAAAACUCAUUUUGACAUCUCAAACUUUGAAAUUAUUUUAUUCAACGUGCAAUCCUUUCGAUUUUAAAAGGAAAGCCUUAAUGCCCUUUAAAGGGAUAGUUCACCCAAAAAUUUGAAUUCUGUCAUGGUUUACGCUCCCUCAAACAAAAAGAUAUUUUGAAGAAUGUUUAACCAAACAGUUGUUGGUCCCCUUUAACUCCCUUAGUAUGGAAAAAAUACUAUAAAAAGUCAAUGGGGACAUUUUAGUUUAAACACAUUCUUCAAAAUAUAUUUUAUAUUCAGCAGAAGAAAUUCAUACAGUU